GUUGGAGUAAGACUGGAGGAAAGAGAGGUUCUUAUCCCUUUCCAAACACUGAAUUUAGUCAAAGAAAGCCAGACACCAUGAAUCCCCAUCCCCUCUUUCCAUCUUACUUCCUGUUUCAACUCAUCUUCCUCUAUAAAACUAUCAUCUUCCACUUUCAUCACCUCACACACUCACCUCAAAAACAUCAGACCACUGGAAAGCAAUCUGGGGCAUCAAGGAGGUGAAAUCGGAUAUAUAUAUUUUUUUAUAAUUAACUAUGUCAAGUUGUAUUGAUGAAAGCAUCACAAUCCGUGAAGUAUGGUCUGAUAACUUAGAAUCCGAGUUUGAUUUAAUCAGAUCUAUCAUCGAUCAAUUCCCUUAUAUCUCCAUGGACACGGAGUUCCCUGGCGUUGUAUACCGUCAAUCGUCGGAGCCUGGAAGAUCGUACAGGCAUCGCCAGCCAUCGGAGCACUACAAGCUUCUAAAGUCAAACGUCGACGCUUUGAACCUCAUCCAACUAGGUCUCACCCUCUCCGACGCUUCCGGUAACCUUCCACAAAUAGACGGGACUCACCAACGCUUCAUCUGGCAAUUCAAUUUCAACGAUUUUGAUCUCACGCGUGACGCCUACGCGCCGGAAUCGAUUGACUUGUUGAAACGUCAAGGGAUUGAUUUUGAACGGAACCGGGUAAACGGAAUCGACUCUUCAGAUUUCGCUGAGUUGAUGAUGUCAUCGGGUCUGGUUUGCAAUGAAUCAGUUAGCUGGGUGACGUUUCACAGCGCGUACGAUUUCGGGUACUUGUUGAAGAUCCUCACGCGCCGCCUUCUGCCGAGUGAGUUGCCGGAGUUCAUGGAGGCUGUGAAGGUGUUCUUUGGGGACAACGUGUACGACGUGAAACACUUGAUGAAGUUCUGUCGGAACGGGUUGUAUGGUGGGUUGGACCGGGUGGCGAGUCUUUUAGAAGUGAACCGGGUUGUCGGGAAGUGCCAUCAGGCCGGUUCGGAUAGCUUGUUGACGUGGCACGCCUUUCAAAAGAUGAGAGACGUAUACUUUGUCGACGUCGGACUGGAAAUGUAUGCCGGCGUCUUGUAUGGUUUAGAAGCUCACUAAAAGAAAUUACUUAGGGUCAAAUCGGUAAAUUAGCUGAUCAGAAUUUAAUUCAUUUUUUUUUCAUGUUUAUGUCUA